GCUCCUUUCAUACACCGAGUGCGCGAUUGCUAACUUGUAGUCAAUUUAAAUUAUUAUUUGUGUCAUGGAUUCAAUCACGUACAAUAAUUUCGCCAUGGAAGAAACGAAGCCGAUAUUUACAACUGCUAGUGAUGCAAAAGCUACCACAACAACAGAAAGUUUUGCACCGUCGGACAACAGAAACAUGUCAAAUCCAUCGGAAGGCGUGUUUUCUCCGAUGGCCCCUCCUUUCCAGGCGCGUGGUGGCAAUGAGCUCAUGAACCUCCUGGCGCAACAGGAGCCGAGAGCUGCCGACACAGCUCCAACGGCAGCAAAUAUGGACGAUGUCCUCAUGAACUUCCGUAUGAACGGCUCUGAACUACUCUUCGACGACAUGGAUCAAAAUUCCCAAAAUUACUUCAAUAUGGGUAACACCAGGUCGGAGUCCGUGGCAUCAUCCAGCGCGAACCUCUGGGGCGACGGCUCCUCCGUGACGGCUGGCCGUAAUGGGGAGAUGAUGGACACUUUCGACUUUUUGAUCAAAAGUCUGUCGUCGGCCAACAACUACGUAUCGAUGCUGACCAGGGAGCAGCUGUCGGUGCUGCGCUCGAUCCGGCCCAGCGUGCUCUACGAGUUCCUGCAAGAGGUCGCCAAGGUCCGCAGCGAUAAGCGCAUGCGCCGCGCCCUGCCUAAUGAAUGUGCAUUCUGCAAGAACAACGGCGAGAAUGAGGAGUGCUACUCGUCGCACGCGCUCAAGGACUGGCGCGGACGCGUGCUGUGUCCCGUGCUGCGCGCCUUCCGCUGCCCGCGCUGCGGCGCCACCGGCGACCACGCCCACACCAUCAAGUACUGCACCGUCAACAAGUACCCAGAGAACUCCGAUGCAGGUUCGGAUCGUUCAGUAGGAGGGCUGUCGCGUCGUCGCGCGCCGACCGCGGGCCUGGCCGGGCUGACGCUGCGUAGUGCGCCCGCCACACCCGCGCCCGCGCCGUCACCCUCGCCGUCCACCGCUGCGCUCACGCACGCCUCUCUCUGGUCCACGUUCGGAAUCAACUAAACCCAACGAAGCCGGGGCUAUCUGCACAGCCAGCGUCAAAUAGUUUGUGACACCUUAAGCCAAAAAGUUCGCAACACGUCUUUGUUACGUGGAAUAAGUUUGUUGUUCACUAAAACUUUUUGGCCACUUUGGGUGUCACUAAGUAUUUGACGAUGACUGUAAGAUAGAUCUUUUUUGUUUAUGUACUUUUUGUAGAUCCCACUGCCGUUUAUAUAGGACAAUUCCUAAUGUGUGGGAGGAGCGAAAAACAACUUGAUCGAUAACGCUCUUUUCACUCAGGAAUGCUGUUAUUAAACUCUGUCUACCUCUCCUUUCCAUAACUUUUAUUGGGAGAAUAUCUGAUCCUAGCCUACUUAGGACCUACCCGAGGUUCUUGCCCUAGCUAAGAAAUGUAAAAUCAAUAAGUACCUACAUAGAGUUCGUCAGCAAUUAAGGUCUUUUAUCAACCCGUCACAUUCACAUUACUUCUUUCAGAGGUGUGGCCCCGGCAUUAUUCUCAGAUCGGUAACUAAGAUGACUCUAAGCUAUGUUUAAGGUAUAUUUCAUGUAUGGCCAGACAUAAGAGCCGAAGUUGAGACCCAGUAUGAUAACGGUUUCAUUUUAGACGGUUCGGCUUUUUAAGAAACAGGCUGGAAACCAUUGCUCUAUUAAGUUCUGAAGGUUAUCUCUUCGCAACGACGUAAAUCACCAACAUUAAUUUUAUCUAUUAAUACUAUUCGUAUUAUCAUUUUAGUAAAACAAUGUUAUUAUUGGUUUACACAUUUCUUUCAUUUAAAACUUAUUGAGUAGUGAUAAAUAUGAGAACAUGGUGUAAGCCGAUAACGUGUCAAAUGGUUAUCGAUUGUACUACAUGUACUUAACCAUUUUUAUCAGGAUUUAACCUGUAUUUCGUUUAACUGUAGUUUCUAUACAAACUGUAUUGUUUUUGAACUCGUGUGCUGUGUAAUGUUCACUUUCUAUAACUCAAUAGAAAUGUGAACAACAACUACGUAUACUACAAGUCAUUCCAAUGGUUCAAAUACACAUAUGCAGGUCAUAUAAUGUUUGAACCCUUUGACUUUUAAGUUUAAACACAACUCAGUUUUUCUAUAGUUCUUCAUGUAAAUUUUUCAUUGGCUUUUUAAAAGAUUUUUAAUUAAUUAUAUCCACUUUAUUUCCGUCAUCGAUUCUUUGUUCAAAUACAAUUAAAUCAUUGCAAUUCGAAAAUAUAAUGAAUUUAUUGUUAAUCGCUGAUGAAUUCAUUCAAUUAUCAAUUUGUUAAUAAUUAAUUUUAAACUUUGUCCAAAUUAAUUAUAAUAUAAUUCACAUCCCAACCAACCAAUGAAAAAUUACUUACUUUCUUUCUUUUGGAUGUUUGGUUUCUACUGUCUAAUAAACUUGUGUGCAUUAUU